AUGCUAAAGGCCACAAGCGACGCUGCCCACCCCCCAGUGGAGGGAAUUAAGAUCACCGGGCUAUGGGCCACUCGGGACAGCCGACAAAUGGCCACCACCACUGUUCCCAUCGACAUCAGCCGGAGUCUCACCUCAAUCCGAGUCGGUUGGACGCAGUGCCGGGUGCGGCCGCGCAGACCCGAACCACCGAGGUGCUACAGGUGUCACGGCUUCGGCCACUCGACACGACAGUGCACCGGUCCAAACCUCACGACCGCCUGCAGGAGAUGCGGUCUGCCUGGUCACAUCCAGGCCACCUGCACCGAGACCGAAGAUCACUGCGUGGCAUGCGACCGCAUAAAAUCUGCACGCGUACCACACAAGCCUGGAUCAGGGGCCUGUGCGGUUCGAAGGAAAGCCAUCUCAGAGAUGCACUCCACCAACAACAGAACAUGA